CUCGUCCAACAGCAACCCAAAAAUACAUACCCUGUCGAUUCUCACUCCGCAACAAACAUGCUCAGAGCCGUGCGCCAGCAAGUGACCAAGCCGCAAGUCCCGACGCGGCGCCGCAUCGGCUUUACUGUGCAGCACACGCAUUCAGUGAACAUGCGAGCGUCGUCGUCAAGCUCGUUGUUUCAAGCCGCCUCGGUGUCGGCGGCCACUUCGCAACACGCCACCCGUAAGGGAGUGGCAGGUCGGAUCCUUGUGGGUCUGCUGUCGUUGGGGGCGGGUGAUUUUGUUCGCCAAGUAAUUGCAGAAGAACGACCUUUCGACACCCGCCGCCUCGCCGUUUCCGCGGCCGUUGGCGGCUUGUACAUUCCCCUGCGCGAACGAUUUGGAGUGCAUGCGUCGUCCUUGGUUCAAUCUCAAACCCUUCGUGGAACCAUGACGCGUCUGGGGCUCCAGCUUGUCGUCGUUGGCCCGGUAUCCCUCGCCUGCUUCUUGGCGGCGCACAUCGCUGCCAAAGAUGACCACAGCGCCAAAUUGAGCACUCGCAUCCAAGCCAAGCUGAUGCACGAUCUAUGGGCAGCUGUCAAAGGCAGCACAGCUCUGUCUGUACUCGUCCUCGGCUCGUUCUAUUUGCCCAUUCCGUUUAUUCGAGAACUUGCGGUCAUGGGGUCCUGUCUGUCUUGGAGCUCGUACAUGUCGUUUAUAGCCCACAAGGACGACGACCAGCAUUCGACUCCGUUGUUGAUAGACUAUGCCGUGACCCAAGGCACGGUUCUAUCGGCCUCAUAACCUUCAAAUCAUGUCUUCUUAACUUACGUACCGAUGUUGACAUAUCGCUUAACGUAAACGAUCAAUUCCGUGCGCGAUUUC